GUCUCUUUCCGAGCAGAGUCGCGAGAGGCAAUGCUCACCGAGCGCGCCAGCCAGUCAGAGCGUCGCUGCUGCUGCUGCCUGACAUUCAAUCAAGAGAGAAAGGGAGCCACGGACGCACAGAGAGCGAAAAGUGCAGGCUCCCUCGGGAAAGGAAAGGGAAGAAAUAAAGGAGGAAGGAAGGCAAGAAAGACGGAAGGACGGGAAAGAAAAGAUUCAGGCGAGGAGGACCGAUCUUCCCUAUAUCCUACGCAUUUAGGAUCUGCUAUUCUUUUCCCCCCCCAUUAAUUUAUUCCACCACCACGAUCGGCUGAGAGGUUUCGCUUUCCUCGCUAAGCAACUUGGAUUUUUUAAUUUUUGGUUAAGUGGAAAGAAAGAGGGGGGACAUUUUCUGCUCCUCUUCUUCACGCCUAGCAGAGGAGAGUCCCGAAUCGAACUGGGCUGAGCGAUCCCGGGCCCCGAAGGUGGUGCUAAGACGAGAGAGAGAACCCCCCUCCACCACCCAACAACUUCUGCUUGGAAGCAGCGACAGCGGCUGCAGGAUCCGAGCCCACGCGUGCGCUUGAGAAAGACCUGGGGGAGAGAAAAUGCAUUGAAACUUCGCGCAAACUUUCUUCGCUUCCCCCUCUUUUUUUGGUGUGUGUGUGUCUGCCUGUGCAGUGCACGCUCGCUCGCGUGUGGUGUCUUGCCACCGAGGGUUGGAGAGAGAGAGAGAGAGAGAGAGUGGGCGGCUGGAAAUCUGUUACAAUUCAGAACCUUCUGACGAAUCUGGUGGGAUUCCUGCGGAGAGGCUCCGAAUCCGAAGCGAGGAAGCCCCGAGAGCCUUCCUGCAAGCCGAAAAGAGAGCCGAGAGGUGUGCGGAGGGGAAUCUGCGUCUCGGGCGCCUAGGGAGCCGGGCUUAUGGACGGGUGAAACCAGAGACUGAAGUCUCCCCCCUCCCCCCCACAACCCACCCCUGCGCUUUCCUUGAUCGGAGCGGCCCCAGGAAAAGGAAGAAGAGGAGUUCAAGAGAGCGAGCCAGCGCGGCUCCGACCAGCUACUCCGGCUCCUCUUUGCCUCGCGCCAGGAAUCAUGAACUUUCUGCUCGCUUGGAUGCACUGGGGGUUGGCCGCGCUGCUCUAUUUCCAGAACGCCAAGGUAAAGCAGGGGGCGGGCGGGCGGAUCCGGGGCGGCGGGGAAGCCUUCCUCCUGCCCCCGCGUGGCCUUGCUCGCUGCACGCUCGCUUGGCGGCCGGGGCGCGUCGCGGGGGUUCAGGGGAUCGUCAGCCGGACCAGAAAGAAAUCCGCGCGCGCGUGUCGGAAGCUGCCUUGGCGCAAAUGGAGGGCAGAUCCAGGUGCCUCGGUGCUCCUCGGCGCCAAGCCGCCUUCGGCUUGCCCUGGCGCGGACAUGCGGUGUCUGCGCCGCUUGCGGCUGCCAACAAAAGGCCGGGAGCGAGGCAGGGUCGAGGCGUGGAGGUUUUUCCUGCUGGCGUUCGCGCGAACGGGGCGCGCGGGGCCUGUGGCAAGAAGGGAGGCGCGGGAUCGGAUCCCCCAGGAGGACAGGUCGGACCUCCUCUUCCUCGCACGUUGCCCAGACGGUUCCUGCUGGGCUGCCCUCCCUUCUGUCUGUGCGGAGUUGAGCAGGAGUUGGAAAACCAGGCGUGAAGACGACACAGGCUCUGCGUCGUCAUCGAUCGCCGAGCGGGGAGGCAGCGGAGCGCGCUGACUUCUUGCAUCAGCACACACACACGCACACACACGCUCUCUCCUUCCUGACAUUGCAAAAUGGGGCGGGGGGGGUGGCUGUUUCGGCCUGUUUGCUUUAGGUAGAGGCAGGUUUGCUGACCGGAGUUCAAAAUUCCUGGCUUGGAAAAGCAAAUAGAGAUCAAAGACCACAAAAUGGAUCCUUGUAUUUCUUCCAGAUUGAUUUUCAAAAUAAACGGCUCUGCUGAGCUACCAUAAGUAGGAAGUUUGUUCUCCUGCCCUCAUAACUCUUUUCCUAUAUCAGUUUAUUGGUACUUCUGGUUGUAGAAGUCCACCGCAUUCCUCCUAAUAUAUACCGUAAAGGGCUUUUAUCCUGCUCUUUCAUCUUACUUUUGUUUGAACUCUCCUUGUUUAAAAAAGAGAGAGUCUAGAGUUGGGUAUCGGAGUUUAGACAGAUUUUCCAGCUGAGGUGGCUCAUGUGUGCUGUUGCGUAGAGAUUCAUGUCAUAAUUAGUACAGAAUAAGUUUUAUUCUGCUGUUUGUCUUGAGAAGUUCUAGGGGAGGUCAGUGUGGGCACAGACCACCCCUGCAACAACAUGUGAGAAUCAGUGUGUCAUAGGAAAAUGAAUCUGCAUUUGUUUAAUUUAGCACCAAAUGUAAGACCUCAGUUAGGAGCCAUUUCAGAUGUCCUGUUGCCAGGGGGGAUCACAUGCUUUCUCUGCUAACCUGUUAGCCUGCCACUUGUCUUCAAGUGACAUCAGCAGAUUAGGCUGUGCCUGAUGGGGAAACGUGGCUCCGAUUUCUUUGGGGAGCCUUGCAGCAAGGCAGCGUGAUAUCACGGCAGUCCUCGCUUUGGAAAGCGGUCUUAAAAUGGCAUUGUUUAAAUAUGAGGUCCUGCAGGUAAAGUGAAAGAGGGAGGGUUACUCCGAGGUGAAUGAAAAGUUGAGUGUAGAUAGAUUGAGAUAGUUAGGGGGAACCAGAGAUGCCUUUUCUUCCAGGGAGGUGUGGUGACUGGAUGCUCAGUUGUGAAGACUGCACAGUCCCUUGGGUAGAUUGUAUGGAACUAUAGUAAAGGAGAGUAAUAGGAGUGCUAGCCGAAGCUCACGUUCUUGGCAAGCUGUGUCUCUGCUGGGAAAGGGAAAUUGAUAAAUUUAUAUUUAUCAACUUCCUGCAGUUCUGACUACACACACCUGCCUGCCGCUGAAUGUGUUGAGGGAGAAGAAUCGGAGUUCUGUGCAGUUGCUUUUAAGUGAGCACAAAAGGGGAGGUGCCGGGUUGUGAUAAGGUUCCUUUUGUCAAGGGAAAGAUACAUUUACUAACCACAGAUGGAGGCUGUGAAGUGAGUCCAGGAAACCUGCAAGUCAGUGACCUGGCAGAGGUACCACAGGUGUUGGUUUCCAAUAUAUGUCUAUAUGUACCUCCUGUGGCUAUAUUGGUGCAGUCAGUGGCCAUUCCCCAGCUCCUUGUCUACCCCAGCGAUUAGCCAGUUCUGAAAUUGCUGGUCAAGAUAUGGUGGGAAGAGGGUUAGAUGACUUGCUCCAAACUUGUCAAGUUACGACUUUGGGUACUUCAUGUUCCUGUUGAUUUUCUUGCCCUAGUUCAAAGACCAUUUGGAUCUAGGCUCCGUCCAAGACCUUGGACAGUUCUAUUCUGUCCUGGUUUUUACUUAACUGACAUCUUGCAGUUCCCUUUCCGCCAUCACCUUACUUAGUGCGAUUUGAUGUUAAGUUAGGGGUAGUGAACAUGCCUUGGAGCUCCUUCCCAGGAUGUGUUUCCAGUGGGAUCAGGCAAAGAUCAAACGCAGAGGGAGGAGGAGGAGAGGGGGGAGGGGACAAGAGCGUGUGACUAGACUGCUAAUGAUCUUGCAGCCACUAGCCGCUUGCUGUUGAUCAGGCCACACUGGGGACAGGGCUUUCCUCCCAACUCCUUGUGUUAAGCUCAAAAGGAACAGAGUGGGUCACCUCCCACCAGGAUCAACAAGUAUUCUCAGCAAAAGGCAGCUCCCCCCCUCCCCUUCUAGUUCUCCUCUGAUAAUAUUCCUGUCAUUUCUGAACAGUUCAAGCCUCUCUUUCUCCUCUGAAUGUGCCAUUUCAGAGAUCCCUCUCUUGCUGCUUGCCUGGAUUACUGGCCUCUCUCCCCUUGUAUUCAUAAUGGGGGGUGGGGGUGGAAGGAGAGAGAUUUUGCAGACCAAAGCUCCUCCUUAAGUAGAAACCUCUGAGAAGACUUUUUUAGCGCCUGAGAUGGAAAGGGUUUUAACUCCUGUCCCAGGGGGCCUUCCAAAGUAGCUGGAUUGUUUGUUCCAGUCCUAAACAGUUACAAAGCUCUUUUAAUGAGGCUGCAGAGAUUAGGGGGAGGGGUGGGGGAGGAGGGAAAGGGGUAGUUGUGGUGUGAAGGAGUAAAGUGUGUGUGUGUGUGUAAUUUAUUGGAUUAAGCUUUUCCUUGGUUCAAACUGGAACCGGGCACCUUGUUGUAAAAGCAGGAGGUAGUGGUUUCAAGAAGAGAGUCUUUCUUGGUGACCUGCAUUUUCCCUAGUACCCAGUUUGCUCUAUCUUUGCUCUAAGGCAGAAUCUGUCUUAUGGGAAACUCUGAAGUGAGAUGGAAAGAUAGCCAUCGUAUAGAAACAAUGAGUAAAACCCCAAGCCAGCAAAGGAGAUGGGUGGAAGCAGCCUGACCUUCAGAAGGGCACUAGGCCCUUUUGUCCCUCGGAAGGAUCCCGCCCCCCUUUAGUGUCUUCCCUGCGAUGGAGAAAAGUUCGGUGUAAAUAGGGACAAAUUGCCCUCCGCCUAAGCACUGCUGCUUUGGUUAGCUGAGGAUUGCCCAGUCGCAACAGCAGAGAACAUAAUUCAGCACUGUAGGCAAGCAAAGCACCUUCAUGUUUCUGAUAUAGACUCAAGGUGACACUGCUGUAUAAAUAGCUCCAAGAGGCUGUCUCGAUCCCAAGGCAAACGGCAUGAGCAAUGCUGUGAAAAUAUUGUACGUGAUGGCUAACAACUGUGUCGUUACAGGAGCAAUGGAGAUAGAUGGCAAUCCCUUUCAGGAGAAUACCUCGAUGUAAUACAUCUGAUCUCUGUUAAUCAGCAGUAUUCAGUCUCGUCUUAACACAUACUUAAAAAAAACAACAACCCAGAGUAAAUCUCCAUUUACUGUCUGGAAUGAUUUCUAGUGGCCUUUCAGCCAGCUCCGAAACUAGAGGUUUUAGCAGAGCAGAGUGUUGUAAGCAAUAGUGUAGCCCAGGCGUGGGGAGCCUGUAUCUCUCCACAUGUUGCUGGAUUAUGGCUCCCAUCAUCUUUGUCUAUUAGCUUGCUGGUUGGGGCUGAUGGGAUUUGGAGUCCGACAACACAUGGCAGGCCACAGGUUCCACAUCAGUGGCUUAGUUGGCAGUCCGUUUCCUAAAUGUAUUUUUGUUUCAUUUUGAACACUGAAGAUAGAGAGAGCGCUAUUUCAAGCGAAAUUAGCAGGACUUUGAAAAAACAACACAAAGUACCUCAAAGGCAACUUUAGCUAAAAAGUAAUGAGCAGCUUGUAGCUGAUUCAGAAUCUCCCAAAGAAGAAUAAGAGGAAAUAAAGGAUGGCAAGCUGAGACAUUUUGCUCUUUCACUAGGGCCCUGAAUGUGUUUGGCCUGCAUUGUGUUCUUGCCUACUCAUGUGGGAACAGGUGCAUGCGAUCACGUUUGCUGCAGGUGUGGUAUUCCAUCAUAAACUGGAGGAGUCCCAGGACAGCUUGCCACUUGAUGCUUGCUCAUAAGGGCUACGUGCGAUACGCGGUGCCGGCGAGGUGGGUGGACACCUGCCUGACAGCUGUGGCAGCUUGCCAUCUCACUUGCAGGCUGUGCAUCUGAGGCCUCGGACGCAACUUUUCCUUGAGUAUAUUCCAGCUGCCUGCUGGUAUUGGUUGGUUACUGGGGUUCAGGUGUGGCCUCUUCCUCCCAAAUCAUGGUUAUACCUGUUGUCGUCACCUUCACACUGAGAUAGAAACCGCUCCCUGUUUUUGAAUAGAAAUCUUCCUCUGUUCUUAACAUUGUAGCCUGUUGACUACCAAGCUCUCUUUGCUAAGAAAGCCAGCCAGUUGUGAGUUUUCUUUCUGUUUAAGAACAGGUGGUUCUGUCCACUUGGCCAGCACACAGUUUAGGCUGCUUAGAUUUCAUGGAUGUAGAUGUGAGUUCAGCAGCCGAGCUGUUCAAGAGCACAGGCCAGGCAUCUUCUGCUACUUUCCUCUCGCUUCUCCUGCAGCCACCUUUGUGGGUUCUUAUCCAUUAUCUGCAGAUCAGGACUGUUGACAGUAAUGGAAUGGCCUGAUGGUCUUCUCUCCUCCCUGAAACUGGAUUAUUGACCUUGGCUGAGUAACUCAGAGAUUUGAAACUAAGCAUCACUCAAAUUCCUUGAAGUUUUGGGACAGAAACCGAUAGACUUGGAGGCAUAUCAUUAGCAAACCGUAGGGGAAAAUUUAUGUGGAUACUUCCCCCUUCCUCAAUUUUAAACCCCCAUUACUCUCUCUAAAAUAAAUGUGCAAACUGCUUGCAUAUAGAUAUGGCCACCUGCUGUCUACCUGUGCUAUCCUUCUUCACUGUUCUGGCUAAAUUUCUAUUCAUGCAGGUAUAGAAAUUAAUUUGUUGACUAAACGUGCAACCUGCAAAUUGUGUGUCGCUUGUAUAUAUACGCCGCACGUUCACCCCAAAACACAUAGACACCAGUGAAGAGAAUGGCUUAGCUGGAAAACCAGGACUGUUAACAGUGACUUCCUAAGGGUUUUAGUAUUUGAGCACUUGAGAAAGGAGCUGGUUUUGAAGAAUGCCAUUUAAACAGUUCUCUGAUAACAAGAACUAUAGAGCGUAUCUUGGGCAGGUUAGAUGUGAGAUAGGUGCUUGUUUGCGAUGGAGUGACUGAGAAAAAAAGAUGGAAGUACUUGCAGGGAUGGUGAGGACUAACACUUAUCCGAUUUUAAUGGGACAUCUAAUUUCAAAGACUUGUGGGGAAACAAAUCAACAUUUUGUGAUACUGUAUUUAAUACUUUUUAUUAUAUUUUUAUUCCUCUUUUGUUCCAGGCAGCUCUAGGCAGCAUGAAUGUUCUCCUUCCAUUCUAUAUUCACAACAGACUUGUGAAGUAGGUUAGGCUGAGAGAAAGUGACUGGCCCAGGGUCACCCAGUGAGCUUUAUAGUGGUUAUAGCCCUAGUCUCCCAGGUCCUGGUCCAACGCUAAGCACCACACCACACGCUGGCCCUGAGACUAGCUAGGAGCCACAGGUAGAUGCAGCACAGGUAGAGUCUCCAACCUGAGGGACACUUCUGCUCCGAAUUUGCCUCGCAUCACGCCAUGCCCAUCCUGUUACAAACUAGGAAGGGGAAAUUUUUUUGAUUGUGGACCCUUUAACGGCUCUGCCAGCUCCCUUUUGCUCUCUGCUCCUGGAGUGCUUUGUAGCAGGCAGGCCCCUUUUCGAAAUACCUUCUACUGACUUUCCAUGGAACAGGGACGUGUACAAAUCUCGUGGCAUAUUUGUCAUGUCAGCACUAGAAGGUCACCAAUGUUGUUUUCUCCUCAGCCACCCCGCUCCCCAGUUCAGCUUUGCUCUCUUGUGUUUCGACCUUAAUAAUCUGAAAUGCCUUUGAGAGCAGCUAGUUGCACUUCUGUUGCCUGUUAAAGUGACAGGGAGAAGAGCUUUCUCCUUUCACGGACGAGGCCUGUGGAACUUGGCUCUCUUGGGCCUUCCUUCCCCUCUGCCCUUCCCUUGCCCUGAUGGGUGGCAUUUGAAGCCCCCUUUCCUUCUUGUCUGAGGGAAAGAGAAGGGUCUCUGUGGGUGUUUCAGUGUGGAAACUGGAGAAAUAUGCCUCACAACUGAAAAGAAAGAAAUAAUUCCACGCAGCCCUGCCAUACCCCAGAAGUGUUUCAGCUGAUAAUUCAGACACUUUCCUUUGAGGAUGUCUCAUUUCCCAGUGAAGAGAAGAAUUGCGGACUUGCAACUGUUUGCCAUCAACAUUUUUGUAAUAAUGCCACAAAUUAUGGCAGGCCUCAUCUGCACUUUAUCAUAACUGUAGCAUUAUGGCCUCCCUUCAAGAAUCCUGGGAAAUGUAGUUUGUCAGGGGCGCUGAGGGUUUUUAGAAGACCCCUGUUCCCCUUACAAAGCUACCAUUCCCAGAGUAGUUUAACAACUUCCUAAAGAUCACUGGGACCUGUAGCUCUGUGAGAGGAAUAGGGCUUUCCUCACAAUGCUCAGCACCCAUAAAAAACUACACUUCCCAGGAUUCUUUGCAGGGGGAGCCAUGACCGUUUAAAAUGGUGUCUUGCUUUUGCCUUGCUGCAGAGUCCUGGGAAGCAACUUGGUUCUCUUGUUUAGAAGAAUUUUUUUCUGGAGACAGGUUAACAGUGUUUUUGUGUUUUGAUGAAUUUUCUCUUGUUUUCACAGUUCUCGCAGGCUGCUCCUGCCCAGGGAGAUGGGGAAAAGCAACAGAGUGAGGGUAAGUGGCUUGUCUUCCUUCUGCUCCCCUAAUUGGCAUGGUGGGUGCAGAUACAUUAUGGGAGAAGGAUGGCAGGUUGUGGAGGCGGAUUGGAUCCAUUUGCUGGGCUGCUGAGGGGGGAGCCUCAUUAAUUCUGCCACCUUCUGGAAAAUGGGUAUAAACUGUGGGGGAUCAAACACACAUAUUAAAAGGAAGGAAUGGGAAAUACAGUUUGAACAGUUAACGACCAGAUUUAACCUUGCCUUAGCUUCAAUAUAUCCCAGCUUGUCCCCCCCCCCAAUUAAAAUUGCCCCAACUAAGAAAAGUAUUGUUUUGUUUUGGAGCACAGACAGUGUGAAACCCUGAGUUUUACCAAACCCUAUAAAACAUAUUGUCUGAAGCUUAUUUUUUAGUUUCCAGGGUGCUUGCACUUUAAUUUGAAUGAAUUAAAAAUAAAAUUAAUGCCCCCCCCCCCAUUCUCAGCAACCCUUUGAAGAAGUACGGAGGAAUUGGCCAUGGUUUCUGUGGAAGGUUUGGCAUUUUUUUGUUAUCACUGGGCACCUAUGCAUCUUUCCCAUUGGCAAGCCUUUGACCCAGUUGUAUUGUUCAGACACAGAAGCAAGAAACCAAACUAGUAACCAGUGUCUGAGUCUUCCAAAGAUCAUGCCGCUGCCAAACCUGAGUUAGGGAAUUAAGAGGGGAUAAUUUUCCAGUCAAUUCCCUCUCUGUCCUUAGCAGCAGUGAAACUUAUCAGAAGGUGGCCAUCUUUUCAAAUGCUGCCAUCCUUGGCAUACUUACCUUGGGACAAACGUCACUGAACAUAGUGGGGUUUAUUUUGGAGGAAACAUGCACACGAUGGCACUAUCAAUGUAUUGGGAGGAGGGAAAACACAUGUGGUAGCGUAUGGGCGUGUUUUAAUUUUUAGAUCAGUUGAGCUGAACAAGGCAGGGCAUUGGGGCUGAACUUUUCCAGUCAAUACAUUGCUGGGGAUCAGAGUCCAGUAUAGCUGGGAAUGUGGGCAAAGGGUGAAUUGAAGCUCCUUGGUGCGUCUGGCAUUAUAGAUGUUGGAACAGGCAAUUCAGCUACUUCUGGGGCCAGGAUGUUGUGACUAUACCGAUUUGGAGGGUAGUAGUGGGGGGGGGGGUCUGAAUGCAUUUGCUUUCUGAACCAGGGGGACCCAAUGUGCUGCCCUCCAGAUGUUUUUGGACUAGAGCUCUCGUCAGCUGUGGUCAGCUUGGCCAAUGUUGAGGGGUGAUGGGAGUUGCAGUCCAACAACAUCUGAUGGACACCAUGUUGACUUUCCUGGUCAUUAGACUUCAGCAAGUGUUGGGCAAUUAGGUCUUGUUCUGGAAGUGAGUGCAGAUUUUUCACAACAAGCCUCUUGAGAGAGAGGGAGCAGCCAGCUCCCUGCUCCUUGCAAAAGUCUUAUAUCUUGCAUGCAUGUGCAUCAUAAAAGAGAAGGUUGAGAGAUGCUGGAGGCAGGAAUAGCAUUGGGUGAAGAGGUGGAGCCAGUGGAGGAUUUAGUGAGUAAAGAGAGCAGAGCUUAUUUUGAUAGGUGACUGAAUCACCUCUGCAAGACUUACUUCCUAGUUGUGAGGACCUCAGUAUAACAAUACAUGAUGCAAACUUUGGACCUUUAGGCUGUGCAGUCUCCACCCACAGUGAGAUCACCAAGUUGCUGUUUUCCAGCUUUGCAAUGUACCACUUUUCAACGGCAAUGUCACCUGCCUGCUUUGGGACACUCAGGGAGUGGCACUGGGCUGCUGUUCUUAGUGCAGGGCACGAGGGGGCAGCCUCUCAUCUUGCCACAGUAGGUUACAAUUGCAACAAUUUCUUUUGGCUGGGUAAACCAGAGGAGCAUUGCCAGAGGCUUAUAGGAGAGCAAGUUUGUAACAACGGACCCAUUUUAUAUUGUCGCUGGAUUUCUUUUCCGGGUGGGACAGUUGAACAUUUGUUACUCUCUGGGUUUGUUUUAACUAAAUGGGAGGAGAAUUGUUGAGUUCUAGAGGAAGGAGUAGGACCGGAAUUCUGAGUUUCUCUUCCCAAUUAUUGCGUACUCAUGCUUAGCCUCUAUUCCUUAAUAUUCACAGAACAUGUACUGGUUUGGGGAUGAAAGAUCACUUUGUUCCCCUGGGGUUUUAUAUGGGCUUAGGCAUACACUGGUCUUCAUUGAUUAAAAUGAUUUAUUCUGGGGAGAGCCACUUGUAUUUUACUGUUCCUGGCCAACUACCACUUAGCUGUCGGUCUACGUGAUUUAGGAGUACAGUAAGUUGUAGCGCAGUCCUAUACAUGCAUACUCGGAAGUAAGCGCGCCAGGUUUAAUUUCUGCUAUCCACAAGGGGAUUGGCCACCUGUGGAGCCUGUAUACUCUGUGUGGGUAGGCCAAAGUCGUGGGGUUGAUCUCUUAAUUUUCUGUGGAGGAUCAAUGGACCUAUUUAGGCCAAUGCUGCAUAGGAUUGUAUGUGUGCAGGCCCUGGGUUGUCCCUGUGUGGGUGACGGAGACAGGGGCAGCUCCACACACAGGGCCAGAUCAGACCUCCUAAGAACAUGCAGACAUAAGAAGAGCCUGCUGGAUCAGGACCAUGGCCCAUCUUGUCUGGCUUCCUACUCCCAACCAGAUGCCUGUGGGAAAUCAGCAAACAGGACCCACUUUCCCACCUGUGAUUCCCACCAACUGGUAUUCGGAGACGUAUUACCCCUGCCAGUGGAGGUAGAAUUUAGAAUUUACAUACCUUUGAAAUACGUGGAGAGAGUGCAGAGAGAAUCCAAAAAACCACAUUUGCUUUCAGGGGCAAUGCUUCCUCCCUGUAGUAUGUAUAUAAGGGAAACCUCUGGCUGCUGUGAUUGCUCCUUAAAUUGCAUAGCCCUUUAUGUUGAGCUGCAGGUAUAUCAAUGGCAGCAGAGGCUCAAGCUGUGGUUCAUUGUUGAUGCUAUUCUAUCACAAAGCAAUUGUUUGGGUUCCUUCAUCCUUUAGCUUUAGGCCUGUUUUCAGUUCUACAGAAUGCUAUGUACUGAAACUGUCCAGCCAAGUUGGCAUUGCUGUCAAGCAGGCUCCUGGUUUUGUAGGUUUAUCCUAAUUACAUUUCAAAUGCUGUUUAAAGACUGUGGGACGUGCCUCUCGUGUGCAGAUGCUCAAGAAGCAGCCAGUUAAAGUGGCAGCUUCUAUAGGAAAUACCUUGUGACAGUGUGUUUUAUCACUCUGCAUUGUCAUGAUUGUCACAGAUGAAUAUAAGUGGUGGGCAGAUGUGGAACAGUCACUGAGCUAGAUUCAGGCAACUGCAUUUAAAGCUUACCUGCAGAUUCACUCUGCUAUAUUAAUAAUGAAAUUUAUCAUAAUGCACUAUCUAUAAAGCACCACAACUGUAUAAAGGUAAAGGUACCCCUGCCCAUACGGGCCAGUCGUGUCCAACUCUAGGGUUGUGCGCCCAUCUCACUUAAGAGGCCGGGGGCCAGCGCUGUCUGGAGACACUUCUGGGUCACGUGGCCAGCGUGACGAAGCUGCUCUGGCGAGCCAGCACCAGCGCAGCACACGGAAAUGCCGUUUACCUUCCCGUUAUAAAGCGGUACCUAUUUAUCUACUUGCACUUAGGGGUGCUUUCGAACUGCUAGGUGGGCAGGAGCUGGGACCAAAAGACAGGAGGUCACCCCGCCGCGGGGAUUCGAACCGCCGACCAUACGAUCGGCAAGUCCUAGGCACUGAGGUUUUACCCACAGUGCCACCCGUGUCCCUACCGCAACUGUAUGUGUAGCCACAAAUGAGGGAGUCUACAACACAUGCUCUCUCCUUCCAGUUGUGCAUAACUUUCUCCACAAAGCAGCCUGAUUCUGCCAUCUGGGGUUGAUAUCUUAGAAUUUAGUAGCACUAAUUCUCAAAAUUCUUUAUAUUCACACAGUUUCCAUUUCUUAUUCCUCAUUAUAAUGUAAGUCAUUGCAGGCAACAGAAACUGUCAGGCCACUUUCUUUGGAAGCUCCUAGCUGGUUUACAUUUCUGCUUCUUGUGCUGUCUAUUGAGAUUCUAAGAUUCUUAGAGGCUAGGCCAUCCCUCUCUUCACCCCCUUCCAUUUAAAGGUGAAAAUGUCAGAAUAAAAAAAGGAGAGCACGAUGCCUAUUGAUUAUAUUUGGGCACCUGGCGUAUUUCUUUGAGUGAUAUGCAGAUCACACGUUCAGUUGCACAUUUUGUUCUGUGUAAUUAAGUGCAGCCCUCCAGAUUUUGAUGAAUUUUGAUGUGAUCGGGGGUGAAGAGGUUGCUCAUGUAAGAACAGUGUAUAAAUCAACACACUCAAUUGCUACCACUUUGCAUACUCUGUAAAAAAACAAAACACCUGCUGGCUUUUGUGUUUUUGCAGCAUGGAUGGAAGGGAUCUUGAGAUGCACUGUCCCUGUGCUCAUAGCUGCUUGGCACUGGUGUGUGUGUGUGUAUACAUACAUAUAUACAUAUAUACACAUAUAUACAUAUACACACACACACACACACACACACACACACAUACAUAUACACACACAGAAGCGGCGCCUCUAGAUGCAGACUUUUCGGGGUUCGUACAGACCCCCGGAACGAAUUAAGUUCAUAUCUGGAGGGUCCACUGUACGCAGAUGCAUACUGAGCAGAAAAAUUAUUUUUACCCCAACAUGUUCCUUGCUGCCUCAUUCUAGGAAAGGUGUGAAUAAUCAGCAAUGUGGUUACGUGUCUGGCUGCAUGCCUGCAAGUUUCCCAGGCGCUGAAUUGUUUAAUUCUCCAGUUUAUAGAUAGCUGUAUUUUAAGGUUAAGGUCACUCUGAAGGGGAAGGAGAAGGAGGUGGCCCCAUACCAGGCAAGAAAGGAUAUGAGAGGCUGAUUCCAGACUUUGGACUGGGCAGAGGGCUGGGGAAGAAAGGAGGCGAAAGCAAUGAAGGGGCUUGCAUUUCCCCCAUGAGCGCUGCCAGUCAGUACUCUGCAUUUUUGCUUCCUGAGCAACUGCCUCUUUAAUAGGCACUUAGGCAGGGCAGUCCAUAGAAAUCCCAGGCGGAGCCUCCUCCUUAGUUAUACCUGCUGCCAGCAGCACUGUGGCACUGUCAGCUCCACAUGACCGAGAAUUAACUUUUGACAAUUAAUUGAGAAGCCCUGAGCUCAAAGCCUGGCAGCUUCUGUGCAUUCCUUUCUUCCCUCCCUCCCUGCACCUCCACUGCUUCGAUGGAACAACCUUUAUGCAGGUUUGUCACAGGUUCAGGGCUCUUCAGAAACGCUUACCGGAGUCCCUUUUUUUUCCAUGAUGCAAGCAGUUUGUGCUUGUUAUCACACCGGGUUAUCAACCUCACUACUGCAGGGACUCUGCAUACGGCACAGGCGUAUGAUCUGAAGGCAAGAAAGCUCGGGUCAGAUGCUAUCUGCUGUGUCUGUGAACUGAGCCCUGCUAACAGCUUUUUUUUAAAAACAGUUGCACGCUGGAGGAAGAAGGAACAAUCGCAUGCUGCUGGGAGUGUAUUUGGAAGUAUGCAGCACAAUCUUGGGACGAGGACUUUGCACGCUUGCAUGUCUUCCUUUUGUGUUGUUCUGCAGCCUUUCCUCCCCAAGUCCGAGCUCUGCUGUGCACUUGGGAACAUUGGGAAAUUGGUGUGUGUGGAAACUGGUUAAGUUUUUCUCUCUUGGCAUAUACACAAGGUCUUUGGGGAAGGGCUGCAGCUCAGCAGUAGAACAUCUGCUUUGCAUGCAGAACGUCCCCAGUUCUGUCUGGAUAGGGCUGGGAAAACCCCUUAACUGAAGCCCUGGACUGCUGGUCAGUGUAAACAAUACUUAGCUAGAUUGACCAAUGGGCUAAUAGUAUAAAAAUUAUAAUUUAAAUUGCUUGCACAUACCUUUGCUCGCUUUUUUUUUUUUUUUUUGUAAAACAGCGUUGUGCUCUUUUCCGACGUAAAGCAAUGUAUAACCACUUAAAAUCGAGAAGGCAGCUGCCUAUGUUUGUAUAGCAUGGGAAAUCUGCAGCUGAAAUGGGUGCACCUCAGCCCAUUGCACCUUUUCCGUUCUACUAGCUACAUAUUUGUGGCCCUGUUCAUGUCUUCAGUACUGUUGGAAUGCAACAUAUCCUUUUAUAUUCAUAAAAAAUGGUGACACAAGUCUAAUAACCGGUCUGGAUAAUGAAAUACAUUAUUAAACCUUAUGGUGAUGAUGGGUUGGACCCAGGCUAAGGCUUUUUUCCAAUGGUGGAAGUCAGGUAGGAUCCUUCCUGCAAACACACCAAGUAUAGAGCAUGAAACACAAGCAAUAGGAAGAAGGGGGGUGGGAGGAAAAGUAUAUUAAUUUUGCUAAUGUCAUACCAAUAUACACCCUGUCUCGUUGUAAUGUAUGGAAUCAGCCUUGUUGGAGGGUGCUGGUAGCUUCUUUGCUCUUUGCCAGGUGGGGUGGGGUGGAGGAACAUCCCGGGACACAAACACCCCAGUGCUGAAAUGAGGAAGGAGUGAGACCGCAGCUUUGAAAAAAGUAACCUGAACAUUUUCUGAAAGGCUUGAAAAGUGGCAGGUCAUUCCUUCCUUUACUUUGCCUUAAGGGCUUACCUGAGUGAUGGACAGGUAUCCAGUAGGUGACUCUAGAACUUGCAUGGCUGCUGUUCCAGAUUCCAUGCCAAUCGCAAUAAGCCUAAUAUUGUAGUUGAAGGAAAAAGCACAUUUUCCUUGUGAUGAAACAUUAUGUGAUGAGUGCCAGGAAAAUAUCCCCACCGCAGAAGUGCUUCCUUAGGAGAUGAUGUCUGGUUCUCCCCAACAGCUGCCUUUUAUUCUGUGAAAAAUGCCAAUUUUUAUGAGAGGCCCUGAAAUUCACAGUGUCUAGGACUUGUAGUGGCUUUUUUGUUUUUCAUAUGGUGAGCUAUUGGGUUGAGUUAUCUGGGUUUGGCAAACUGGUUUCUGAGCAGAAUGCGUCAAACUCCUCAUUCCACUUCCACUAGCUUCAGGGGAAUGCUGCUCUAAUAAGGUCUGCCAUGGUCCUCUGUGAGAUCUGCUCUGAUUUCUGAGGCUCACGAUUCGCUUUAGUUUCUGCCUUGCAAAUGCGUUCAGAAUAUCUAGCUCAUUAAAAUUCAAACGGGCAAAUGCUGAACCUGCCAGUGAUUUGGCCCUAUCUUGCUUUUCUACAACCCCUGUUCUACUCUGUAUCUCCUUGGGUUUAAGUGCUUUUUAACUGAACUAAUGCAUUUAUUGACAGCAUGUUUCAGUGAGCCCAUGAGAUAAUGGGAAAGGUAUCUAGGCAGAAAGAGCACCGAGUGCAGAGCCAUUAAUCCACACACCCACAGCCCUGUUUCCUACAUUGCCUUGAAACAGCUUACGAAUGAUCACAGUGCAAAACAGAGAUGUUCUUAAUUCCUAAUUUCUCUCCCUCCCCCACCUCUUGUUUUUUUGUAGUUAUCUCAUUUCUGGUGGUCUUUGAGCGCAGUGCCUGCAGGACAAUUGAGACCAUGGUGGAUAUUUUCCAAGAAUACCCUGACGAGGUGGAAUACAUUUUCAAGCCAUCCUGUGUGCCCCUGAUGAGGUGUGCAGGGUGCUGUAAUGACGAGGCAUUGGAGUGCGUACCCACAUCGACGUACAAUGUCACCAUGGAGGUGAGGCUCUAGCUAAGGAACUGGAGGUGGGGGACAGAGCAAAGAGGGAGGUGACAUUGCUCGUUUCCCUCAGUGUAACUCACACAGGACCACGGGUGGUUUAUCUAAAUCAGGAAUGGUCAGCUGGUAGCUCUUGAACCACAUCUAUCAGCCUCCUCCGUCUACUGAUGCUGUCGGCUGUCAAAGGACUGGAGUAGAAGGAUUUUUAAUUCUUAUUUUUGCUCUGCUUUUUGCCUGCCGGGUGGCACUCCUUUCUUGAGUGAUUUUACUUGCUAGGGAGUGCUGGUGAAGUCAAAAGGAGCAUAAGAGACUUCUUGCAUCAGAAAAUAGGGAACUGAUCUAGUGAUUUCUAUAGCAUUACAGAGACCUCUCCUCUCCUCUCGAGGGAAGGGUACCAAGCAGCUGUGAGAAAUGUGGCUCUUUUGGGGGGGUAUUACUGGGUUAUUGCUUUUAUUUUAAUUUUAUAUACUGUGAUCUUUUUAUGUGAACUGCCCUAAGACCUCCGGGUAUAGGGCAGCAAAUAAAUUCAAUAAGUAGUAGUAGUAGUAGUAGUAGUAGUAGUAAUAAUAAUAAUAAUAAUAAUAAUAAUAAUAAUAUCAGUUUUUCGUGUGCUGCCUUUAGAUCAGGUAGCCCUUCAAAUUUGAGAAAUAGCUAGCUGGUCUAGAAGCAGCAUGUGAAUUGUUGCCCUUCACUCAGCUACUGGGCUGCCCAGCUGGAGUGUCCGUGAUUUUUUUUGAGCAGCUUGAAUGGGGAGAAUCCAUCUACUCCCUGAGUGAAUAUGUUGCCCACUCCAAUCUAGCUUACACACUACCCCUUGCACUAGAUGAGCUUGAUGUUUUUUGUCCCCAUUAAGUCUCAUAGAAAAGCUGGGAAUGGGGAGCCUCUGCACCUUGAGAUCCUCUUGGCCUGUAACUCCCACCAUCGCUGACCAUCGACCACGCUGGCUGGGACUGGUGGGAGCUGGAGUCCAGCAACAUCUGGAGGGAACCCGUUAGCUACAAACUGAGGAUCUAUGUGUAGACAGGGCUCCCCUCAGGUCCAUUGGCCCCUCUUCACUCUGGCUUCUGCUUAAUUCUUGUUUUGGCUUCUGUAUCUUCCAACCCCAUCUCCCAGUGCAGCAGACUGUGGCAUACAAAAGGAGCUGUGAACUUUCUUCAUCAAAAGUUGGCCAGGUCAGGGUCCACUGGCCAAGCUAGAGUUCUGACUUGUUAGUUGCAAAGGCACUGCAGGGGUAGGAAGAACAAGAAUGCAGAAACAAAUGGAAGAGCUUCCUCUCUCUUUUACUUUGAAUUUAGUCAUCCUGAAGGGAAAUGGUUGGAAAGAAUAGCUAAGGCCAAAACAUACUGUGAGGAUGCACGCUUUCCACACAGAGCACAGCCAAUACGCCUCUGCCAGAACUUGCUUCCUGUCUAUUCCUCUCAGCUUUGCAAAAAUGUCUUUAAUCCUGAUCCGCAUCCGUGCCUAAGAAAACGACUGCUGAUGCCCCCCAGUUACCAUUUACAGAUGUCAACCUGCCAUUCUAGACCUGGCCUCACCCAAACAGAGGGCGUAAAUGCCGUGGUGGUUUUUUGGUAUACAGACCCAAGACCACAAGUGGCAAUUCCAAGGAAACCAGUUCUACUAAUGACCUUGGUGAAGUAUGGAGUUAAGCUUGCAUUCCUGCCAGUUAUCAUUUCGGCAGUGCCACCCUUGUGUCCUGUUGCACAAGGCAGAGGAACAGGCCCCCAAGCUGAAGGGUUUAUCACCCAAGCCUGCUGUUCACCAAACAGACCACACUAGCAAGCCUGUCUUUGAGACACAGUUUAGUGUCUGCAGGACUAGGGAGCCUCAGUAUUUAUAGCACCUGCUCUUCACCCAAAAGUCUCAAGCAGUUCAGACAAGACAGUCCCUGCCUGCAGGUGUGAAAUCUGAAAGAUCUAACAGAAAAGGAAAAGGGAGGGAAGAGGAGGAAAAGCAAACUCAGAUGCCAGUUCUUAAAAGUUGAAUAGUUAUUUUAGUGACCAGCUGGAAUGGAAACAGUUCAGGGGCAGGAGGGGUCCAUUCAGCAGAGCUGAUGGAUUGAGCCCUGCUUCCCGUUUCUUCUGCUAAGGCAGACUCCUGGAAUGGCUGCUUCCAGUUAACAAGCAAGGGAAGAGGCCUGAUAGAGUUGGCUGAUGGAAUGAGCCCUGCAUGUGUGGUUUGCUCCUGCACACAUCUCUCUUUCCUUAGUAUUGCAAAUGCACACACACUCAGUAGCAACCUGCACUUCAAAUUUCAUCAUCCUGUGUGCUCUACAGACAUUUGAAAUCAUUGUGGCUGCCAAAAGUCUCCUGAGUCUGUAGCUGCCUUGCUCAAGUCAUGUUUCAUUGUGUCUUCCUGAAUCCAGGCACCAAUAUGCCUCCAGAAAUGGUCCUUUGCCCCACCUGUGGAGAAGCAUGUCAUUUUUGUGGGCAAGUAGGUUGCUUGGUAGCUAAAAUUCAAGUAAGAGGAAGAUGAUCAAAAAAUAUGUAUAGACUUGCCCUUUUAACAAACUGCUGAUUGAGGGUUCUUGUGCUGGUCAUCUGGAGCAGGAAUUACACAGUUUUAUAUUUCUUUACAGCUUUAGAAACCAAGUCUAUACAUGCCUAUUCAGGAGUAAGUCCUACUGAGUUCAGUGGGGCUUGCUCUCAGGUUAGGUGGGUAUAGGAUUGCAGCCUCUCUUAAUUUUGUUUUGCCAUAGUGCUGUUUGCCUCUUUGUUUUGAAAGGUUGUGAUUGGUGAAUGAGACUCAGCCUCUACCUUCUUUCUUUCCCCUCCUUUCAUUUCAGAUCCUGAGAAUUAAACACUUUCAAGGCCAGCACUUAAGCCGGAUGAGCUUCCAGCAGCACAGAGAAUGUGAAUGCAGGUGAGAGUGUAUACCUUCUUGAAAUUGAACUGACUGCUUUACAAUUGCAUCUUAAAAAAAGAAAAGACAAAAAAGGUCCACAGCCUUAGUAUGGAGGGGCCUCUGUUUGAUGAUUGCUUGAAGGAGAAUAUUUCAAUAGAGGUAUUAUGUUCUUAAUAUAAUAGUUGUAGGUUGUUCGCCACCAAUUAGGUAUGUUCACAGGAUGAUGCAGACUGAAGCCGUGAAUGCAUAGUGCUCGCGAAGUUGGGGCAGGGACACCUAGUUAAACUCCCACCUCCAACUUCUCUUGCCGCGUGGGCUUCCCUUUAGAUCUUCACUCAACUAGUUGUAAACACCUGGAAAGGGUUUAUAGGUACGUUCAGUCAAACAUGGUUAGAAACUUCCCACAACCAGGAACCCUACUAAGCUGUGUCUCCCACUUGUGGGGAGGUUUCUAAGUGUGUUCAGUGGAGCACACUUGCGAAACCCUCUUUAGAAGCUUCCAUUAAGUUCAGAAGGAACUCUCUGUGACCUCUGAAGCACGGGCCUAAGGAGGCCUGCCAGGCCCCUCUGAAUAGUCAUUUCUAGCAAACCCCAGCCAUGUGAUGGCAUUUGACAAUUAUGUUGACCUUCCUCGCCAUUUUCACAGUCUUCCUAGGGCUGGGCUUAGCAUUUUACAUAUUUUGCAUUCAUUUUUACAUAUUUUUGAAAUAUUUUAUAUACAACAGUAUAUAAAAGUAUGUAAGAUAUGUUUUGAAACCAGCCCUACCCCCUUCUGCCUCUGCUCCUGCCCACUGUUGUAUUGCAGCCCCCGGAAGAAGGCUAGCCAGGUUAGGAUCAGGCCCUUGGGUAGAAAGUGGCCCCCCACUCCCAAUCUAAAGGGAAGCUGGGGGGGAAGGAGCCUCCAUCUCUUGCUUUUGAGCAUCACAUGUUCAGGCAAAAUACCUGCACACAGCAUGAGACUCCAUUAGAUGCCAAUAGCUAGCUGUGAAACAUCUUAGCAUCAUGGCCAGGAAUUAUUUUGCAUCUGGCUGCAAUAAUUUAUUUAAAAUGUUUGUUAAUGGCCCUUGAUUGAGAGAUUCCAGGAUGCCUUACAGAAGUGUGAAUAAAAACAAAUUCGCGCACAACAUAUAACACAAGCAAAAUGCUGAAAGAUAGAAAGGGCACCCUUGUAAUCAUUUUUUUGGGGAGAGGGGGUUUAACAUGGCGAAAGGGUGGGUGUGAUACCUGUAUAUAUAUUCUUGGUUCCCUCCUGAUAUCUCUUCCCUUGUCUUUCCACACAGAGAGAGACCAAAGAAAGAAGUGAAACCUAGACAAGAAAAGUAAGUAACUUGGCUUAAGUUCUUUUUCUCUUUUGGUGUUGGUAAUUUCCCUCCCUCCCUCCCUCCUUUCCUUCCAAUCAUGGGAAACAAUAACUGAUUUAACAAACAAACAAAAUUGCCAUCAUAAGGGCUGCACCCUGAAUCCAUUCUUUGUAGGCAGAUAACACAUACACACCUAGCUUUGAUGACUGUUGCUUCUUUCCUGCCUGAUAACAUACUGAAACGGCUUACUCAUAGAAAUUCAUAAAGAAUAGCAAGGACAAAAUUGGUAAAGAACAACAAUGAAGCAACAGAAUCUCCCCCUCCCUCCUUCCCUUUGGGAAUGGAUUCUAGGUUAAAGUUUCCUUCCAUGAGCAGUUGUUGUUGUGGACACUGGAAAUCAUUGCCUCUCUCUUGCUGCUUGGGUGAAAACUUGCUGACUUAUUCAUAGCCGCUUGCAUAGAUUCCUAACACCAAGGCUAUGCAUGUGAGCUUUGCUGUCUCUCUCAGAGAAGGGGAGUUCUGCCAGCUAUAGGGGGAAAAGCUGAAAGUAGAAGCCUGUUCAGGGUAUGGGCGGUGAGGUGACAUACAUGUGAAUGAACUUUGCAUAUUGAUCACAAUGGGUAGAAUAAAAUAAAAUGAACCUUCUUGACAUGUGAACCUUCUUGACAUUGGAUGGGCUGCCUUGUGGGAAAGGGACUAGCUGAUGUUAUCAUGUGAACGGUGAUCUGCUUUCAGCUUUGUGUGGACUAAUGCGGCAGUGUUGAUUGGGGGAAAAAAUCCCUCUCUACCCAUCUCCCAGACCAUACCGAACAAGGGCAAAAGUAAUGUUUUCUCCUCCCACUCCUGGUUUAAAAAAUAAAUAAACACACAUGCAUUGUGAGGGCAUGAGUAGGACAGUGGACAGUCUCUGAUUUGGUAUGGCAGCUAGGCAGAAACAGAGAGAGAAAGGAGAAAGGAAGAAAGAGACUCUUAAUGGCCAGCUAUGUUGCCAUUACCAUGUUCUAACCUUCUCCUGGGGAUUCGUUUCACGGAACCAUCAAGAGGGGAGAGCCCAGCUAAGCACUUUCAGCUUGGCUUGUUCUUUCUGGAAUAUCUUGUUCAAUGGAGUGGCUGAAAGAGAUCAGGGUGUGCUGCUGCGAUGGAGAGAAAAUGCUCGUGUAGCCGAAGUCCUCUCACCUUCUGCUGAAACUUCCACUCCUCACCUUUGGCUGAACUUCAGGUGGCUUGCUUCACUUUGCAAAUUUCGCAGAACAUGGGGCACUCUGCUUUGAGUUAAGCUGAAAUUCCUCUUGCGCUUGAUGCUGUUGGUUUUGCUUUCCUCCUGGGGAAUGUGUCCUUCACGAAGUCAAGCAUUGUGGAAAGGUUUUCCUCAAGCAGGCACCACUCCCUCUGUCUUGUUUGUAGCUCUAGCUGCGAUCUGGGGGUGCUUACUCUGCCUGUAGUAAGGAAAAGAGAAACUGGUGCCAACCAACAGGCUUGAACAAGUCCCGGGAAAGAUGCAGCCAGUUACCCCCACAGCCCGCCUCUUCUUCCCAUCCCAUUGAUGUGGACUUGCCUGUGGGAGGGAAGGAGGUAGAACUUGGGAGCGAGACGUAGGAACCCUCUCAAAAUGCUCUUGCUUCUUUCUGUGUGCACCUCUCCCUUGAUCUGCUGCUAACACAGGGAAUCAGGGUUCCCCAGACAUCCACCUGGGUCAUGGGGUUGGAGCUGAGCAUUCCUGCCGAUCUCGAUCAAUUCACAUUAUCAACAUACAUUUGGAAGGGCUGUAACUCAGCAGUGAAGCAUAAGCUUUGUACCCAAAGGGUUUGAAGUUCAGUCUUGGGCAUCUCCAGGUAGGGUUGGGAAACAUGACUGCCUCAAACCCUGGAGAGCCAUUGCUAGUCAGCAUAAUAAAUACUGAGUGGUCUGGCUUGCUCUAAGGCAGCUUCCCAUAUUGGAAUAAGACUUGAGUUCCCAUAUUAGCAGGUUAUCAGUCUUAUCUUUGCUACAGGAAGGUGGCUCCAAAUUCUCUGGCAGGACUGUGCCAUAACCCAAAGAGCGCUAGCUAGAUUGAGACUUUACUUUACCAUCACAUCAUUUAGAAAUAGGCUGUUUGGCAGGUCUUUGUUCCCAGCAGCGCUUGAGAGGCAAGAGAAGUUCAGCAGCCGCUUCUUUGGGUUAGGACUCCUCUUCUUGCAUCGUUGUUCACCUGCCAGCAUCAGUUAUUGCUUCAGUCUUUGUGACCCCAGCAGCAAAGGGAUAGCAGAACUGGCUGCUUUGCUGUCAGUUGCAACAAGACACUCAUAGCUGUGGAACAGCAUGCUUGGUUCAAAUGGACCCAGAGUUCAUGGUCUACAGAGUAAGGCCAAAGGGACUGAGGUUGGGGUUUUAGCCAGCAGUUCCAUUUGCUGCCUGCCUACUUUUGAGCACCACUUAGGGCUGAGUUCAACUAAAUAGUUGUGCUAGUGGGAGCCAACACAAGAAGUCCAGCUAGUGCAAUGGGGCUUCCUUUCUUCUGUGCCCCCCCAAAUCAACCCACAGAACAGGGGCAAAGAUGGAUGAUCUCCUUAGUGCUACUUUGAAUUCCACCCUUAUAAUUUUACUGGAGUUCUUCAAACUGGAUUUCUGAGGUCAGAAGUUCUGUGUGUCAGAAUAAUCCAGACAUAUGCUGGGCAAGGCGCAAAUGCUUUAUCAAGGAUGCCUGCCUGCACUGUCUCUUACCAGCUGAUGGUGAACAAUGCAUUUCGUUUGGGCACAGGCAGCUUCCAGGCCUCUUUCAGCAAACCCCUCCUCCAAGUGGGGAGAAGUAGCUCCUCCCAUCUCUUGGGCCAGUGGCAGGGUUGCAUGCUGAGACAUUGUUGGGUCUGCCAUGGUUCAGCUCUGUAGCCCUGACAGGGGUUGUGCUGGUGGUGUGAAGGAGGCUAAAGUAAGAGGUGGCAAAAAAGAAACCUUGAGCCAAAGGCUUUCCAGCCUUCUCUUCUUCCUGGUCUUCCUGUUCGCCCAAGCCCACAGGGCAGUUCCUUCCCCAUUUCCUGUCCUCCCUCCCUGUUUUCCUUCCAGCUUCUUCUCUUCCUCCUUCCUUCUCUUUUCUUUCUUUCUGCUUUUUUUUUGUUUUGUUUUUCUUCCAGAAAAUCAAAGCGAGGAAAGGGGAAGGGUCAAAAGAGAAAGCGCAAGAGAGGCCGGUAUAAACCACAAAACUUGUACGUUUGCAUCAUGUGCUUGUAGACUCUGCCCGUUCCCCAUUUCUUCCCAUCACCCCUCAAAUCAAAACACUUGCUUGCAAUACACCUAAUUACAACAAAGAGACAAUUCCCCACCCACUUCUCCAAAUCACUCCUUCGUGGAGAGCUGGGGUGGCCUCACUGGUGGUGGUAGCAUUUGGCAGCUUUGGCACGUCUGAUCCAGAGGCAUAAAAGGAGGAGCGAUUCUUCUUCUUGCUUGGGAUUACUCUUUCUCUUCCGAAGGCACAACAACAUGAAGGGACAGGCAGGCUUAUUUGCUUCACUGUUGCUGCACCCUGCAGUUCCCCCUGUGUGAUUUCCCAUCUCCUUGCUUCCCUUAAUUUCAGCUUUCCCUUUAAGGCUGUCAUUGUUAAUGAGGCUGGCAACAAGGGCUUGGUGCUUGCCAUUCAUGCAUGUUUAUGUCUGUGUGUGUGAUCUGAUGGUAACACUAACCAGUGAAGAGCUAGAGGACUCUGGGAAACAUAUGAGGAGCGCUCUCUCUCUCUCUCUCUCUCUCUCUCUCUCUCUCUCUCUCUCUCUUCUGGAUAUUGGUGGCUCCUCUUUUACUCUCUCUCUCUCUUCAAUUCACAGAAUCCUGCAUUGCUAAUAAUCUGGUGGCAGUUCUGGAGCAGGAAAUGGAUUUGAAAAGUUGCUAUUUUGAUUCAAUCCCUAAGGGGAAAAUUAUUAUUAUUAAGGCCCCCAAGCACAAAGCAGCUGAAUCUAGGAGACUGUCUCCUCUCCUCUCCACCUUUUGGUAUAGCUGUUGCCCCAGUUGACAUUAGCAAGACUUUCUUUGUAGGAGGAGCUGCCACUGGGUAUUUAACAUGUUUUCACUCUUGUUUUGGGGACCUCUGUUAACAUGAGGAGGCUCUCGCCAUUUUUACCUUGGCCAGUUGGACUAAUGCAGGAUUUGUGAAUUGUGCAGCUGCAGAGAGCCGGUUUCUUUCUCUUUAAGCUGUCGCAAGUAAGUGUUGGAACGCCUUUGGGACUGUCUGCCAGCCAGCAGUGUUCUGAAUGAGCAGUGCUGAGCGAGUGGGGGUUGGGGGCAGGGGUUGCUUCAAUGUUUAGGGUGUUGCAUGUGUAAAUUUCUUCCCGCUAAAGCGCUGUAGCUUAGACCUCUUUCCUUUUGCCUUUUUGCAGUCACUGUGAACCUUGCUCAGAAAGGAGAAAGCACUUGUUCAAACAAGAUCCCCAGACCUGUAAAUGUUCCUGCAAAUUCACAGACUCACGUUGCAAGUCGAGGCAGCUUGAGUUAAACGAGCGCACUUGCAGGUUUGUGUCCUGAAGAAUGAAAGAGAGAGAAAAUACCCACAAACAUAUGGGCACACACACACACACACACACACACACACACACACACGUGCAGCUCACACAAACACACAAACACUCUCAAGUUGAGAAAGAGCAAGAGAGAGAAAGUUUGCUUCCUGCUGGCUUCUGUUGCCAAUGUUCUAUGAUCCCUCCUUUCCCCUGCUUGACAUGGAUAGGGAAAAGGACAGGGCUUUUAUGAGUCUCAUGUCACAAGCUUCCUGUGUUAUGGUAGGGCUGGGCUGGAAUGACGACAAGACAGGGCAGUGUUAAGAUAGAACGUGCUCCUUGGCUAGCAAGAUGGCUCAUUUCAUGCUGCUGGAAACCGGGGGAAAGGGCUCAGUGCCUUUGAUGCAAGUGCUUGUAUAAUAGGAUAUAGGCUAUUGGAUCAUAACAGAAGUCCCUUUUGCUCCAGACACAGGGCUGUAAGGAGAACUGAAGUGUAAGUAGACAAGCUCUUUAAAAUCUUUAUUAAGGCUUGCAGCGGUAGUCCACCUUAGGACUGAGUCCUUCCAUCUGUGGUGUAAUUGGAAGAGUGACUUGUGUGGACUAGAAUAGACAGAGAAGCAAUGCCACAAGCCAAUGAUAUGCACCACCUCAAAUCUGACUGAGUGCAUACAAGAUGUCAUCAUCUCUGUAUCCACUUUGUAACCACAAAUACCACCCAACCCUUCACAAAGAUCCCAGAGCUUCCUGCCACCAAGAGGUUUCAUACAUCCUGUUUUUACGUUUGGGAAAUGAGCAUUUCUGCCUCGAUAGAAAGGUUCCCCUGCAGCCAAGGCUAGAAGGGCAGGAGUCCAUUUAGUUCUCUGAGAAUAGCAUAUGUGGUUCUACAGUAGCUUUGUCCAUUUGGUGCCCUGCAGAUGCUUUGGACUUGCUGGGACUCUGUAGAGUUGCAGCUGUAGUCAGAAACAUCUGGAAGACACUAGAUUGGUGAAGACUGACCUACUGUAUCUGCAGUCGACCAUGUGUGCUUGCAGAUAUUGAGCUGGAUACCGUUGGGCUUUUUGAUAUGAUUGGCCAGGAAGCUCCAUUCUCUGUUGGUGGAGGAGUUUGAGACACACUGCUCUCUAUGCAGGGGAAUUUUGUGAGGGGUUGUAACCUGAGUGUGGAUGCCUUUUGCUGCAGAAAGAAGGGAGCCAGCUCUUCUUGGGUUACAGUUCACCCUGCAGAAGUAGUCCCUGGAGAGAAACCAGGCAUCUUCUUGCCCUUGACCUUUAUAGUUUUUCCUCAAACUUUCCAAAGAGCAGCUUUGGAAAACCAUCCUUGCUAGAAGCUUAAGGCUCAGAAGGUUUCUCAAAGGAGGAGGAAAAAUGCUCUAGGAUUUGGAAAUUAUUCACCCCAUGGUUAGGUUCUCCCCUGUGCCAAGGUGAAAUGCUGAUUUUCAGAGUGUCUUGUCAGUGCAUCGGGUGGGAGGAGAGGCUGUACUCAUUGGGGCUGGCAACCUCAUAUCUGUGUGAGUGUGGAAAGCUGCUUCAGAUGAACUUUCAUUCCUAGUGAGUUAUGAAAUCUGGACCUUAAAAGGGCACAGCGAAUUCAUCUUCUUCCUGCUUCUGCCACAAACUGUUGCUGCUGUGUUCAGGCACUAACCACUGUCUCUUGGCAAAGAGUGGAAUGACAAACAAUAUAUAUUUUUGGUUUCCCUUUUGCCUGCGUGAGACACUCAUGGCUUUGUUUGGCUGCACCUCCACAUAAAAAAAACAAAACAAAAAACAAUCUAGAUUGGGAGGGGAUAAUUUGUAUGUGUGUGAGUUGCGACGUGCAAGGAGGUAUGACAGUUUGGAGAAGAAAGUAAUUUUCUGUCAUUAUUUGGGAGCAGGGAUCACAUGGAAACGCAGUGGUGUUGUUUUUUUAAAAUUGCUCUUUAAGACAAAUCUCAAGUCACCCACCUCACCUGCUUUGUAUGGAUUUAUGUGGGGAAACAAUGGGACUGGCUGUUCUUUUAGUAGCUCUGUAGUUCUCCUCUUCCCCUACCACUGCCUUAAUCACCUCAGAGAAUCCCACACCUAAGUUACUUCAGUUAACCAUAACCUCUUCUCCCCCCCCACUCUCUUUAACAGAUGUGAAAAACCGAGACGGUGAGCAGCAGAGAAGAAAAGAAGUGGGGGAAGAGAGCCUUGGUUUCUGGAGCCUGAUAUCUCGCCUGGUCAAAAAAACACUAAUCCAAAUGAACACUAAAAUGAAGGAUCAGUAGAGCACAGCACUUUUGAGUACGGACGAUGGACUCCGGAAGGAACAUUCCCCGAGGACCCUCACAAGAUUCACCUUUUGGUUUUGAACUGGUUUUCUAUAGAGACUUUCCUUCUCAUGCUGCUAAAUAAUAGAGCCAGGGAGACUGGAGUGGUAUGUUUUGGGACUCCCGUUUCACAUGAAUAAAAAUAUAUAUGUUUGUAAAUAUAGAUAUACAUAUAUAUUCUGAGUUUUAAGAGAGAAAAAAAACAUUGCUAACAUUAUUGGUGUCUUCACUGGAUAUAUUCAACUGCUGUGGACACAAGUGGGCUACUUGGGGCGUAAGAAAGAAACGAUGACUGGACUUCAGCCAAAAGCGCUCAGUGUAAUCUUCAUACUCUUGCCGACUCUGUUAAGCAUGCUGCUCCACCAAGCUCAAUUCCCCAGGCCCUGUCUUGUAUGGAGAGACAUUGGCACCAGAGAGGAGGUGGCAGGGGAUUCCAAAGAUGGGGCCUUGGAAUAUUAUGGGUCAAAAGGUCAAGGAAGUGACUCUAGCCACUAGGUCUGAGGAUUCGGUCAACUUCCCUCUCCCUCCUCUCCAAAACGAUCUGCCCCAACUUGUCUUGCAACCUGCCUGUUUUGAUGGGACACUGGUGUAUGUUAUCGAAUUGACUUUACUGCAGGAACUUUGCCCUGGAUCUAUGUUCUGGCCUUAACGGUGCUUGUCAGUGGCUGGUGCUUGUCAACUUGAGCAGGCGUUGCUGGGAUCUACAAUCUUGCAACCUCUCUUUGCUACUUAAAUCAAGGAUAUAGGGGCUUGGCAGUACAUGGAAGCAAGAAUAUAUAGCCAGGCAGUUGAGCAGUGCUGUCUGCCAUCCUUAUGCACAGAGCUGCCAUUGAAGAUGCUUAUGGAACAUCUCUGGAAAGGGAUAUUAAUCUGAAGUAUAUAUGUACAAUAGAUUGGGGCGGGGGUUGAGUGUGUGUCUGUGUGGGGAGUAUAUGCACACAAAUAUACAGGUUCAAAAUUGGAAAGUGGCAUUUACAGCCUGCUGGGCAGUAUCCGAUGAGAGAUUACUUCUCGUUUUGUGAAUUCAUUAAUAUUCUCAAUCUGUUGUAACAUGAAUGUGCCAAGACAUCUUGUGCUAUGCUGGAGUUUUGUAACUUUAUUUCUUUCCACCAUCAUGCUGGUGGCAUAAUGUUGCCUAUCCUACCAAUACACGGUCUUGUUUAUUUGAAAACGUGUUCCGUUGCAACAGAAACUUAUUUAACAAGAGACUUAUGAAGCAUUCGCCACCAAACGUUGGAUAAUUCAUAAUGAGUUUAUUUGCCUGAAGUAAACUCUCAUCUGGACUUUGGGGGUGCCCAUCUUAAAUUUUCCUUCCCCCUCCCCCAAUAACCUUGAGCAAUGUGCCAUGUAGAAUCUUGAAUUUUCAGUGUUGAAUUGUUAAGAAAAUACUUGUCUGACUUGGCUUGAUGUGACAAAGAUAGCCUCAAAUUGACCCCAUUCACCAUGCUUCUGCACUACAAGGUUCGGAACAUUCUUAUGUGGAACCUGAUUAAAGUUGGUAGCACCCUAGAGUGGCUAAUAUAUUCAGGCUCUCUAGAUGUUGGCAGUAUCGUUUAACUCCCUUUAGCACAGCUUUCCCAACCUGGUGCUUUCCACUGGUUACUGUUGUUUUUACUACAACUAAGUUUUUUUGGGAUUACAACUAACUCAGCUAGGUUGGGGAAGGCUGUUGAAUUAAAGGUGUGUGUGUGUGUGUGUGUGUGUGUGUGUGUGUUUGUAAAAUCAGGCCCAGUCAACAGCCACUAUAAACGUGCAUUGCCUGCGAUUUGCGGGACCAUGUGUGCACAACCCUUGGGAAAGUAGAAAAAAGCUUUGCAACUCUUAAAACUGGCAAGAGUUCCAUUGUAACACUGGUAUGGGGACUGCAUUACAACACAGAAGCUUGGGCUAGUCACCUAGAUAUAAUGCACAAAUUUUGAGUAAUGGAUGCCUAAGUGCUCUUGUGAGAUCAGGCUAUAAUGCUCAGUGCCUUGCAAGAUAAAACACUAUAAACACCAAAGCACACCAAACCACUAGGUAUUAAGUAAACAUUCUGAUCUGGAAAGGAGCUGGCAGCAAUGUACUUUAAAUAUCUGAAGUUUGUUGACUUGCCCAAAUGCACCCUGGCCGUAGCCAGCAAAUGAGUGCUGAUGGUAAUAGGGCCAUAUUGAUGACUUGGCAAGCGCAACGUGGAUACAAUCCACUGGUAGCCUUUCCCCCCUCACUCAUUAGUUCUAGAUAAAAUUUACUUGGUGGGUGAGUGGAACUGGUGCUCCUACACUUGGUUUGAUCCUGGAAGGGCAGUGCUUCCGUUUGCCCCCCUCCCCCAGUUGGAUUGACCCCAGCACCUGUGACAUUGUGGGCGGCUUCUGCUGCCUUCUAAACAGGUGCAUGUGGUGCAGACUCUUUGAGAUUUGAAGCAGCAUUGUUGCCUUUGAAAACCUAUUCCUAUUUAAUUUAUGUAAAAUAUGUUGGCGUUCAGUGUGUAUGUGUGUGCGCGCGCACCUGAGUGAUGCUGCAUGCAUGGACCUGUGGCUGCCUGGCUGCUCAAAAGGUAGUAAGGCCAGCUCUGAUUGGCUCGGUGAGUGGGCGGAAUGAAUCCAAACUUCUUCCCUUGCAUUGGGGUAGCUGUAGGUUCUGGAUUCUCCACCCCCCCAAAGAGAUCCAGCACUUAGCGCUGGCCAUCCAUUUCGCGUUGCAGACCUGUUUCCUAAUUUAGUGGUGGGUGGCUGUGAAUGCAGAGGUCUAGAACCAUGUGCCCACCGUGUGUGUGUGUAUGGAAGCUUGCUUCCAAUUGCCUUCACUGGAGUGGGGUGUACGCCUGGUGCUCAGUUUCAGAAGUUUGGGUUUUUAAAAAAUCAAGUUACAUUUGGUCUGUGUGAGAAUGCUGCCAAAUGCCUGUCUGUUUCCAGACAAGCAAAAAAUCAACUUGUUGCAAGUUUGAUGAUUAACCACUAUGAAAUUCCCUUCUACCCAAUAGCAAGUGUGGUGAGUGUGUGUGUGUGCGUGCGUGCAGGGGUGUGUGUGUGCUUGUGCGUGCACACACACGCACACAGCUGAAAUGUAUAUAUUCAUGCUGUGCAAGGUGACAAACAUUGUUCUAUAUACUUGUUUAAUAUCCCUUUUUAAAAAUUAGAAAUUAAAAAUAAUAAUUUAAACUAGGUAUUUUUCAGUAUUCUUUGUUAAUAUUUAAUUUUACUAUUUAUAAGCCGUACCUCUUUUUUUGUACUGUUAUGUAUAAAUUUUUAACUCUUCUGCUCCAUCCAAUCUCUCCCCAGUUGUUGACAGAGUCAGUAGCAUGAUCAGUUAUUUAAUUAAUAUCUCUUAACACCCUCCCCCUACACAUUCCUUUUGAGGCAAGGGUUAUACAUCUACAUAUUAUAUAUAUAUUUGGUUAUAUGUAUGUGUGUGUGUAUAUAUAUAUAUAUAUAUAUAUAUAUGUUUAUGUAUAUGUGUGAUUCGGAAUAAAUAGACACUACGAUUUUUAUAUAUGUAACCCGCUCCUGCGCCCCAGAAAUAUAGAAAAAUUUACUAUCAUUUUAUUUAUUGGUGCUACUGUUUAUCUGUAAUGUGGCAAGAAAAGAAUACAUUUGCCACACUGGCUAAUCUCAAGAUUCCAUAUGAAAUAUUUAUUUUUAGACAAAAAAAUAACAAAUAUAUCUUUAAAAAAACCACCAUCUAUGGCUUUUUUUGUAAUAAAGAAUUUAAUUCUCACUUGGUUUAUUUUCCC